CAACAAUACAUUCGCGCGACCUCGAGCGCGCUGCGUGCAAUGUGACAGUGGUCGGCUGAUCGUGCACAACAUCCCCACUGCCGCCGCUCUGACCACAGCCGCCACCGAUGCCCCCCAUACGCGACAAGUUUACGAUCCACUCCAAGGCCGUCGUCUGCCAGGAUGUCGAGCUCAAGGGCGACAUCACCAUAGGCGCAGGCACCAUCGUCCACCCCAAGGCGACCAUCUUCGCCAUUGCAGGGCCCAUUGUCAUCGGCUCCGGCUGCAUUAUCGAGGAGGGCGCGAUCAUCGUGAACAGGCGCAAAGAAGUGAUGCACAUCGGGGACGAUAACCUCUUCGAGAUUGGCUGCCGCGUCGAGUGUCCAACCGUCGGAAAUUGCAACACAGUCUGCACACGCGCACGCGUGCACCACACCCUCCGCAUGUCCUCGUACUGCGUGAUCGGCGCCGGCGUCCUCGUCGUGCCCACCGAAGACGAGAUCCUCGACGAGUACACCGUCAUACACGGGCCUGCCGCCGAACGGCGCAUAUGGAGCGGCCGCGGCAAGGUCCAGGAGAUGGACCUCCGGAGGAAACACGCGGAGUAUCUCCGCGAGAUGCUGCCCAAGUUCAACCGGCUUAGAAGGGGUGACGGCGCGUAGUGUGGUGUGUCUGAGCAUUGUUUCUCAUGUUCUAGUGAUAUAAUUACGGUCGACGCCUUAAUCCUUCAAGCUUCACAGAUA